UUUUAGAGCUAAAUUAUCAAUGCCACAGUUUCUUAGUCCUUCAGCUCAAAGUUUACUACGUGCUCUUUUCAAACGAACUCCAUCGAAUCGGCUAGGAUAUGGACCUGAUGGAUUUGAACAUUUAAAAAAUCAUGAAUUUUUCAAUACAAUCAAUUGGGAUGAUUUACUAAAUGGUUGUAUUCAACCACCAUUUAAACCUCCUUGCUCAUCAAUUAAUGAUAUCCUAAAUUUCGAUUCAGAAUAUACAUCACGUACACCACAUGACUCUCCAUGUCCACCAGCCAGUGCAUCAGCGCAUGCGUUAUUUCGUGAAUUCAGUUAUAUAGCUCCUGGAUUUUUUGCAGAGCAUAAUGAUAAUCAUAAUACCACAACUACAAAUAAUUGCAACAACCAUGUUAACCUUAAUAAAGAAGUAUUGAAUGGAACAAAUAUCACUUGUUCGAGUUCACCGAAAGAAAAUUUCAGUUAUAGUUCUCGACACGAUGAUGAUCGUGCAAAUCCAGUACAUGUUCCAGAAGAUCUUCCACCCUUAACUCCUACAGUGGCAAGACGUUUUCUUCGCUUAGUUGGCUUGUCAGGUGUAAAAUAUAAACCAUUUUCAGUCGAUUAUGUCUUAUUGGAGGAAAUCGGUAAAGGUUCUUUUUCAGUUGUACAUAAGUGCUGUCAUCGAAAUACAAAUGCUGUUUGUUCUGUUAAGAUUAUUGAUAAAUCAAAACGGGAUGCCCGUGAAGAAGUUGAAAUAUUGCUUAGACACCAUAAUCAUCCAAAUAUUGUUUCUGUUCGAGAUGUUUAUGAAAAUGAGAAUUUAGUUUAUCUUGUUAUGGAGUAUUUAAAAGGUGGUGAAUUAUUGGAUAAAAUUUUCCGAGAAAAAUUUCUUUCUGAACGUGAAGCUAGUAAUAUCACUUAUGUGAUUGCAAAUACUUUAAGUUAUUUACACAGUAAUAUGGUUGUCCAUCGUGAUCUUAAACCAUCCAAUGUAUUAUAUGCAGACGAUUCUGGUGAUGCAUCUUCCCUGAGAAUAUGUGAUUUUGGUUUUGCAAAACAAUUGAGAGCUGAAAAUGGUCUUUUAAUGACACCGUGUUAUACUGCAAAUUUUGUCGCACCAGAAGUGUUAAAAAUGCAAGGUUAUCAUGCUGCAUGUGAUGUAUGGAGUUUAGGUGUAUUAGUUUAUACAAUGUUAUUUGGACAAACACCAUUUGCAAUUAAACCAAAUGAAUCAUCUGAAGUAGUUUUAUCACGUAUAGAAUCUGGUCGAUUAGAUUUAAUCAAUAAUAAUUGGAAUAAAAUAUCUGAUUCAGCAAAAGAUUUAUUGACAAAAAUGUUAAAUCCUGAACCAUCUAAACGUUGUACAGCUAGCGCGAUCUUAUCACAUCCAUGGGUUAAAAAUCGUGAUCAACUGUCACCAGAAUUAUUGACCGACGUUUUGUUAAAUGAUGUCACUCAGACAAAAAAUUCAGUCGAAGCUACAUUUAGAGCAUUGAAUAGUACUAGUAAAAUACCAAUACUUGAACCAGUUGAAUGUUCUACAUUAGCUCAACGUCGUGUUCGUGCCAAAUCGAUUUUAACAAAUCAAAUCAAAGUAGAAGAAAGGCACUGAAUUUUCAAUGAAUCUAUUGAAUAGCAUCAAAUUGUAAUAAGAAUAAAAUUAGUGUUUUAUUAUUUCUUUUUUUUUCUCUCUCUCUUUUUUUACAUAUUUAAUCUCAUUAAUAUUCCAUUUCACUCAUUGUGCAUUCUUUAUCAUUUUUUUUCCACAUAUUUGAUUAUUAUCUCUGUGUUUUUUUUAAUUUUAUUUCAUUGUACAUGUAAAAUAUCUGCCACUAACAUAUUUCUGUUGUUAUAUAAAUACAUAAUUCAAUUAGAAACUGUAAAUUGAUAUGAGAACACUUCUUUUUUCCCGCUCGAAAUAUUCAAUUAUAUAUAUUUUUUGUUGUUGUUUGUUAACGACAUUGUAUCUAAAUAAUUUACAUUGAUAUGCUUGUAAAAUGUAGACUAUAUUAAUGCAUAUAUUGUUACAUAUUUUAUACAGAAAAUCCUUUAUUCACUAUCAACGUAUCAACUUUUAAUUCAUAAAAUGAUAUCAAUGAGUUUACCUGUAUAAAAAUAAACACGUUUCGCUCAUAAUAGCCUUAUCAUUUAGUAUUUUGUUAUUACUAUUAUUAUUACCAAUGAUAUGAUUGUGAUAUAUAUGUAUACCUUAACUGUCGUCUUUUAUUCAAAUUACACAAUGACAAUAAAUGGUUUUGUUUGUUUUUUAUUUCUUCAUUAUGAAUGUGUGAAAUUUAUGGUAGUGUUGUAUACGUUAGAGUUAGAUAUUUUAUUUGUACAGUUUUCUUUAUCAUUCUGAAUGAUAUCGUUAGGAUCUACUCAGUAUAGAAGUCAUUACGUUAUUAUAACUGGAAAUUUCAUUUCUAUAUGAAGAAGACGCUAAUGAUGUUGUCUAGAACCAUAUUGGAAGCUCUGCAAACAAAAUAUCUAAUUUAAAUAGCCACACAAUAUCAUAGGUGUUCAUCCACCGUUGUUGCAAGGUUUCUCUAUCAUUUCAAAAUGUAAGAGUUACUAUGUUUAUACUUUCGUCGUCUAGUCAUAUGAAAAGAGAGAGGGAAGUGUUUUUUUUCUUUUUUUCUUCUGCAAAGUGAUGUUUCCUUUUUCUUUAAUUUGACAUAUUUCAUUGUUUUAAAAAGGAGUUUCAUGUUCUCACACCAUCUUAUCUAUAUUCUGUUUUUAUUUUCUUAAGCAAGCUGUUUUUGUUCAAUAUUUUAUUGUAGAAUAUAUAUACAUAUAACAUUGUUGUUUUCAGUGUUAAAUAUUUAAAAACAGAAUAAUAAUUCAUAAAAUAUGAA